GUGCAGCCUGUGACUACGUCACACUCAGUGUCACAGGUUCGAAUGUCCAUGCGACCUGUGACCAUACCCAAAUAGAUUCGCCCGCGGGUGAACAGUGACCAUCGGACAUACUGCUUUGUGAUUGCAGCAACUUGCUUCAGCUUGUCAUGGAUUCGCCUCGCAUAGCUCUGAAUGGUAAUGAGUGGACUUGGAGACUCCGUGGUCUUAAAGCCUGCCAGCUUGUCAUGGAUUCGCCUUGCAUAGCGCUGAAUGGUAGCAAGUGGACUUGGAGACUCCGGUGUAAGGCCGGGGAGAAGUUCAAUCUCUCGUUUGCGAGUCUCACAAGUCGGGAGGCAUUGCAAUAUUUACGCGAUGUUCAGAAGAACGAUCUAGCUGGAUGGGCGAGGAUUGCUACUGCUCAGUACAAGACUGACAGCAUCGACCAGGCAACAGACUCCGAGUCAGAGGACGAGGCCACUAAUGCUAUCGGAGUUGAAUCCCAGGGUGAACAUGUCCGUUCUGACUUCCGUAUCAAUGCAGAUGGUGGACUUUCGUGUGCAAACCACUCCGAAGUCUAUGAUGUGGGUGACAUUGCUGCUGAAGAUGUGGAAGGUGGCUCGAACAGUGUUCUGAAGGUUGAGUAUGGGCGUGGAAAGUGUAGACGCAUCGCAAAUUCAAUGUAUGAUGAUUUCUGGUCCUAUUAG